GAGCGAGAUCAUGUGCACGCGGUAUACAACGCCGUCGCAACACAGUGGCAUCACACUCGCGGGCGACGAGGUGUGCUGUGGCCAGGGGCGACGCAGUUUUUACAGCAACUUCCUCCGGGGUCAGUCGUGGCUGAUGUCGGUUGCGGAGACGGGAAGUACUUCCCCGCCAUUUGGGAAGCGGGCUCGUACGUGAUUGGCAAACUACGUAAACACUUGAGCAGACGACCAGCCAUAAUGGUUGCCGACUGUAUGAGUGUGCCAUUUCGAGACAACAGUUGCGACGCUGCCAUUUGUAUUGCGGUAAUGCACCAUCUAUCUACUAGGGAACGAAGAGUACGCUGCAUUGCCGAGCUGGUGCGUAUUGUCAAACCCGGUGGUUUGAUUAAUAUUCAAGCCUGGGCCAUGGAACAAGAGCAAGGAAGUCGACGCAAGUUCGCAACGAAUGAUGUUUUUGUUCCAUUCAAUGCACAACCGAAGUAUCUUCAACUCACAUUCAACGCCGACUUUGACGAGCGCAAAGGCUUGGUCGUCUUUAAGCGCUAUUGCCACAUGUACAGAGAGGGAGAGAUGGAACAGCUUGUAUCCGAAGUUCCAAACGCACAGCUAAGUGGAAGCGGGGUGGAAAGUGGAAAUCAUUUCGUAAUUAUAAAAGUUCUGGAUUAA